UGACAGUUGCCAGACUAUGUUUACACUCCUGGUGCUACUCAGCCAACUGCGCAUACUUACUUUCGCGUUCCCUCAUCGCACAAGAAGUCCAGAGGAGUCUAGGCAUGUGGGAGAAGAAGUCUUUACAUCAAAAGAAGAAGCAAACUUGUUCAUACGUAGACACCUCUUAUAUAAUAGAUUUGAUUUGGAGCUCUUCACUCCCAGUGACCUAGAAAGAGAAUGCAGAGAAGAACUUUGUAAUUAUGAGGAAGCCAGAGAAAUUUUUGUGGAUGAAGAUAAAACGAUGAAAUUUUGGCAAGAAUAUUCAAUUAAAGGACCAACCACAAAAUCAGAUGCUAACAGAGAGAAAAUCGAUGUUAUGGGCCUUCUGACUGGACUAAUUGCUACUGGAAUAUUUUUGGUUAUUUUUGGAUUACUUGGUUACUAUCUUUGUAUCACUAAGUGUAACAGGCAACGACAUCCAGGUUCUUCAGCCACCUACGCAAGAAGGGGCAGACACACUCCCUCCAUCAUUUUCAGAAGACCUGAGGAGGCUGUCUUGUCUCCAUUGCCACCUGCAGUGGAGGACACAGGAUUACCUUCUUAUGAACAGGCAAUGGCACUGACCAGAAAACACAAUGUUUCGCCACCACCACCGUAUCCUGGGCCAGCGAAAGGGUUUAGGGUAUUUAAAAAAUCUAUGUCACUCCCAUCUCACUAAGCCCACCUUGUUGUCUUGGUGAUA